UUUCGUAGGGGUGGGCGGAGGCACCACGCCGCGAGCGGACCGCGUCCUCACGGCUUGUGGCCGGUUGUGGCAGCCUCUCAGCGGCGGGCGAAGCCGUCUCCACAAACGCUGCCCUGCGUCUGAAGAACCCAGCUGGACGCAGCUAACGCAGUUGCUUCUAGAAUCAAUUUUUAACUUAUUGUCCACAGAAAACACUGAAAAAUGUACAUACAAGUAUACAGCUGGCAGGACAGGAAAGAAAGCCGAAACAAAAAGAAAAGGUCCACAAGGAUAACUUUUGGAGCCAAGAUUGUCCGUUUCUAACGCAGUCGCAGGUGUUGCUGGUAUUGCUGCUCUGAGGACCACAUGUUUAGUGGCGAGGUCCUAGUCCUGUGGUUUUACAGACACGAGGAAAAAUAAGGCAGAGGCUGAAGCCAAAUAGGAUGGGUGACCAGAUUGGUGAACCCAUGUCCGAGUCCCCUGUGGAUGGAAGAGUUACAGAAAAGUUAUCGCUGACGCUUGUUAACGGCAGAGCUUGGGAGCUGGACAGGGACCAGACCACCACCAGCACGUCGGAGCAUGUCCUCCACGAGACCAUGGCGCUUCAGACAGUUGCCCACCUUCUCAUCUUCUGCCUCAGUCUCUCACUGCUCAUCUCCAUAAAAAAUUCCUUUUGCAAUAAAAAUGACACCAAGUGCCUCUCAACUUCUUGCCACAACGAUUCUGCAUGCAAGGAUUUUUCAAAAGACGGCAGUUGCCAUUGUUCAGGCACGGCCAUUAAUUUGGACAAAGACUGUGACCAUGAGAAAGACCCUUGCUUCUCCAGUCCCUGUCCAGGAAAUGCCACUUGUGUGAGCGCCCCAGGAGAGAGGAGGGUUCUGUGCAGAUGUCCUCCUGGGUACAGUGGGACCACCUGUGACACGGCCAUUGCUCCCUGCGGCACCAACUCCUGCCAACACGGAGGCUUUUGCCAUCAGGACCCUGUGCGCCCUGUGUGCAUCUGCCCUGUUGGAUAUGCCGGAAGAUUCUGUGAGCUGGACCACGAUGAGUGUGCGUCCAGCCCCUGCCACAACGGUGCUGUGUGCCGGGACGGAAUCAAUGGCUACUCCUGCUUCUGUGUCCCAGGCUAUCAAGGCAGGCACUGCGACUUGGAAGUGGACGAGUGUGUGUCAGAGCCCUGCAAGAACGAGGCCACGUGCCUCAACGAGAUAGGACGGUACACUUGCGUCUGUCCCCACGAUUACUCCGGUGUAAACUGUGAAUUGGAAGUUGAUGAAUGUCGGUCCCAGCCCUGCCUCAGUGGUGCAACCUGUCAGGAUGCUGUGGAGGCCCAUUUCUGUGACUGUGCCCCCGGCUUCCUGGGUGAUGGCUGUGAGCUCAGCACUGAUGAGUGUGCCAGUGGGCCAUGUCUCCAUGGAGGGCUGUGCGUGGAUGGAGCCAACAGGUACAGCUGUAACUGCAUGGGUAGUGGAUUCACAGGGACACAUUGUGAGACCUUGAUGCCUCCAUGUUGGUCAAAACCCUGUCACAAUAAUGCUACAUGUGAGGACAGUGCUGACAAUUACACUUGUCACUGCUGGCCUGGAUACACGGGGGCCCAGUGUGAAACCGACAUCGAUGGAUGCAGUAGUAGCCCCUGCCAGUCUGAUGGGGAAUGCGUGGAGCUGUCUUCAGGGGAAGGGCAUGGGCGCCUUGCCCAGCUGCUGUCUCUAUCCGGCCGCCCCGAAGCCUCAGGUUACAUCUGCAUCUGUCCACCUGGACUCACAGGGGUCCACUGUGAAGAGGACGUCGAUGAGUGCUCUUCAAGCCCUUGCCAAAACGGUGGUACUUGUGAGAACUUGCCUGGGACUUACACUUGCCGUUGCCCAUUUGAUAACCGUUCUGGAGCAUUUUAUGGAGGAAGGGACUGUUCUGAUUUGCUCCUCAGCUGUACUGAUCACCCUUGUCUAAAUAAUGGAACAUGCAUCCCUCACAUCCGCAAUGGCCAGCAUGGAUUUGGCUGCCUGUGUCCCUCUGGCUAUACUGGGUCACGGUGUGAAACGGUCACCACACUUUCUUUUGAGGGUGAUGGCUUCCUGUGGGUCCCAAGUGGCUCAGUGACAGCCAAGGACUCCGGUUGUAAAAUAGCCCUCAGGUUUCAGACUGUCCAGCCAGUGGCACUUCUACUUUUCCGAGGUGACAGGGACGUGUUUGUGAUACUGGAGCUGCUCAGUGGCUACGUCCACUUAUCAAUUCAAGUCAGGGAUCAGCCAGAGGUGGUCCUGUUCAUCUCCCACAACACCAGCGAUGGGGAGUGGCAUGCAGUGGAGGUGACGUUUGCAGAGGCUGUGAGCCUUGCCUUACUUGACGAGUCUUGCCUGGGGACAUGCAUCACGAGAGCUCCUUCUCCAUUUGGAAGCGAUGGGUCAACAUGUGCUUUACAAAACUCCUUUUUGGGGGGUUUACCAGAGGGAACAGUCCACAGUGGUGUUGCUCUGCUUAACGUCUAUAAUAGACCAUCCAUACCUUCGCUUGUGGGCUGCCUCCAAGAUGUUCACCUUGACUCGAAUCCCAUCACCCCGGAGAACAUCUCGUCCGGCUGGUCAUUAAAUGUCAAGGCAGGCUGCACGAGAAAGGACUGGUGUGAGAGCCAACCCUGUCACAACAGAGGACGCUGCCUCAACUUGUGGCUUAGUUACCAGUGUGAUUGCUACCGGCCCUACCGAGGCCGGAGCUGUCACAGAGCGUAUGUGGCAGGCAGAUUUGGCCAAGACGACUCCACUGGAUAUGCUGCUUUCCAUCUUGACAAGAGCUACGGAGAGGCCUUCACGCUCUCCAUGUUUGUUCGAACACGUCGUCCAUCGGGCUUGCUCCUAGCUCUGGAAAACGGCACUUGCCAAUACAUCCGUGUUUGGCUAGAGCAUGGCAGACUAGCAAUGCUGACUCCAGGUUCUCCCAAAUCAUUAGUAAAAUUUGUUCUCAGCGAUGGAAAUGUCCGCUUGAUAUCUUUGAAAAUCAAGCCAAAUAGAAUCGAACUGUAUCAGUCGUCACAAAACCUAGGAUUUAUUUCUGCUCCUACGUGGAGACUCCAAAGAGGAGAUGUCCUCUACAUUGGUGGACUGCCUGACAGACAGGAGACUGAAGUUAAUGGUGGAUUCUUCAAAGGCUGUAUUCAAGAUAUAAGGUUAAACAACGAAAAUCUGGAAUUCUUCCCAAAUUCAACGAGCAAUGCAGCCCAAGAUGCAGUUCUUGUCAGUGUGACCCAAGGCUGUCCCGGAGACAACCUGUGUGAGCCCAACCCCUGUCACAACGGAGGCAUCUGCCACUCCCUGUGGGACGACUUCUCCUGCUCCUGCCCUGCGAGCACAGCCGGGAAAGCUUGCCAGGAGGUUCGCUGGUGUGAACUCAGCCCGUGUCCUCCCCGGGCCCAGUGCCAGGCGGUGCCUCGAGGAUUUGAAUGUAUCGCAAAUGCUGUUUUUAAUGGACAAAGCAGUGAGAUAUUAUUCAGGAGCAAUGGGAAUAUUACCAGAGAACUCACCAAUAUCACAUUUGGUUUCAGAACAAGGGACGCAAAUGCGAUCAUAUUGCACGCAGAGAAGGAGCCUGAAUUCCUUAAUAUUAGCAUUCGGGAUUCCCAGUUAUUAUUUCAGCUGCAAAGUGGCAACAGUUUUUACAUGCUGAGUCUGACAAGUCUGCAGUCAGUGAAUGAUGGCGUGUGGCACCAAGUGACUCUCUCCAUGACAGACCCACGGGCCCAGGCUUCCAGGUGGCAAAUGGAAGUGGACCAGCGGACACCUCUUGUGACCAGCGCAGUUGCUACUGGGAGUCUCAACUUCCUGAAGGAUGAUAUAAACAUUUAUGUGGGUGAGCGAGCUAGUGACAACACGCAGGGCCUGCGAGGGUGUCUAAGUACAAUAGAAAUCAGUGGCAUUUAUCUCUCUUACUUUGAAAAUGUUCAUGGUUUCAUUAAUAAACCUCAGGAGGAGCAGUUUCUCAAAAUCUCUGUACAUCCAGUGGUUACUGGCUGUUUGCAGUUAAACGCCUGCAGUUCCGACCCCUGCUCGCAUGGAGGACAUUGUGAAGACACGUACAGUUCUCAUCACUGCACCUGUCCCGUGGGAUGGUCAGGGGCACACUGUGAACUCGACAUUGAUGAAUGCCUUUCAAACCCCUGUAUCCAUGGCAACUGCUCCGACAGAGUUGCAGGCUAUCGCUGCAGGUGUGAGCCUGGCUACACCGGUGUGAACUGUGAAUCAGAUGUAGACAAUUGCCAGAGUCACCUGUGUGCAAACGGGGCCACCUGCGUCAGUGACGCCAGUGGCUAUUCUUGCCACUGUCCUGGAAAUUUCACAGGAAAAUUCUGCAGAUACACCCGAUUACCCUCAGCAGUCUGUGGGAAUGAGAAGACCAACCUCACGUGCUAUAACGGUGGCAACUGCUCGGAGUUCCAGGGUGAAGUAAAAUGUGUGUGCUGGCCAGGUUUCACUGGGGAAUGGUGUGAAAAGGACAUUGAUGAGUGUGCCUCCGAUCCCUGCCUCAAUGGAGGCCAAUGCCACGACUUGCUGAACAAGUUCCAGUGCGUCUGUGAUUUGGCCUUCGCCGGCGCGCGCUGUGAGCUGGACUUGGCAGACGACUUGCUCUCAGACGUCUUCACCGCCAUCGGUUCAGUGACGUUAGCCUUGUUGUUGAUCCUAUUCCUGGCAGUGGUGGCCUCCGUCGUUGCCUCCAACAAGAGAGCAACUCAGGGGUCCUACAGCCCGAGCCGUCAGGAAAAGGAUGGCUCUCGCGUGGAGAUGUGGAGCAUGACGGCUCCCCCUGCAAUGGAAAGGCUGAUUUAGGACCAUCCUGUCUCUAGAGGAAGAGAUCCACACACUGCAAAUGGGACACUUGUACCUGAGGGUUUUUCUGACAAACCUGGAGACAUCAAGUUACAACCGGGACCACGCUGAAACUGUGGGAAGGACU